AUGAGAUCCAGCCGAUGUCUACGCCUGCUUAUUACAACGGCAGCACUAGCAAACUUAGUGCUGGGGGAUGUAAAUGAACAUAAUUCAAAUGAAGCAGAAACAAAUUUACAGCAUACUGACACAAAAUUGGAGCUGGAUAUGCAUGUGGAUCACAUAGAAAGUGAUGAUGGCUAUGAUCAUACUAUACCAGAAGUAAUCGCCACAACUACUCACACUAGUGAAAGUGAUACUUAUUUUAAUCAGAACGACGAUCACAACGACACUAGCGAUGUUAUUGAACAGCACGACAGUGGUGAAAGCCACGAUGAUGAUGAUGGGGGUGAAUACCAUAAUGACGGGGCAGUCACUCCCUACACACCGGUAGCGGAAACUAACACUGAGGAACACGAAAAACAUGAUGUCCCUCAGGAAAGCCAUGAAAGCCCUAAUACAAGUGAUAUAACGGCAGAUAGUAGCACUACAAAUGACACGCAUAUCGAAGAGCCACAACCACAUGAUGAACCACCACACAUUGAAGAGCCACAACCACAUGAUGAACCACCACACAUUGAAGAGCCAGAAUCACAUGAUGAACCACCACACAUUGAAGAGCCAGAAUCACAUGAUGAACCGCCACACAUUGAAGAUUCAUAUGACGAUACUGGACACCACGAUUACAUACAUGAGCAUACUCACAGUGAUCCAAAAAAACACAGUAGAUAUGGUAAAUCCAAACACGUACACAAAGCAGAUAAAUUAGAAACAGCAAACCCGUCGAAUAUUUAUAUUAGCUUGGUGAAAAAUGACAAUGCAAUGGAGCAUCUACCUAAUGAACAUGUGGAAGGUGACAAAACAUUCCCAGAUAACCCUCUAAUUACUCAUAACAGUAAAUACUCCCAUGGCGGCACCCACUUUUCGAAUAAAUCUGACACAUAUAAUUGUGAUUGCAAUCAUAAUUCUAGUAACACAAACAGCUUAAGCUAUAGUGGGAUUGAAUGCGAUCCGGACUGUUCGGAGCACGAGCUUAUCGAAUCUGAAUCAAAUAAAAGUGUGACAUGCCCAAUUACUGAGAAAUUUAAUGCUCCUUGUGGUGCUUACAGGAGAGGAUUGAAGUCAAAGAAGAGUAAAAAAUCAAAGAGUAAAAAAUCAAAGAGUAAAAAAAAGAGCAAAUCUAAGGUUAAAAAGGAUAAAUCAAGGAAGAAAUCUAAGGGUAAAAAGGGUAAAUCAAAGAAGAAAUCUAAGUUGAAAGGGGAUAAAAACAAAAGGAAACGUGUAAAAGACUCGAAAGUAGCUACAGUGGACAAUGAAGCAGAGAAAGAGGAAGCAGUAGAUGCCAUUGAAGAAGCGAAACAGGCAAAGAAGUUAGCAAAUGAAGCCGAACUCAGGGCAAAGGAAGCCAGAGCCAAUGCAAAUGAGGCACAGUUAAGGGCGGAAGCCAAAGAGGAGAGGAUAAAGGCCGAACUGGAGGCUAAAAAGGAGGAAAUAGAUAAUGAUAAAAAUGAGCUGGACAGUGAAUUGGAUGCAGAAACCAAUUCUGACAUUGGUUCUAAGUCUAGUAAAAAAUACAAAGGUAAACGUAAAGGUAAAAAACAUAAAAGAAAGGGGAAGGGCAGAAAUAGAAAAGAUGAACCAGACUUCGACCUUCCGAAAUGCAGAAAAUAA